AUUAGUGUAAGCAAGCAAACAAAUUGAGCACAAGUUCCCAUAACAUCAUCUAACUUCUUUCUUCAUACUGCUCUUCUUCCCAAUUCCAGCAGCUAUGUUGAGCGUCAGGCAAUAGAUUCAGAAAAAUUGGGCGUCAAAAAUGGAGAGGAGCGGCGGUUCACUAAGGACGCGUUCACAGGCGGCGCCUGACUGGACAUUACAUGAGUCAGUUACCCUUGUGAACGAAAUGAAAGCAACUCAAAUUGAAUGCGGCAACUCCCUAGCCUCUUUCCAGAAAUGGCAAUCGACCGUGCACAAUUGCAACUCACUGGGCGUGAAUCGGAGUUUGAAUCAGUGUAAACGGAGGUGGGAAUCUAUGUUGGAACAGUACAAUAAAGUGAAGCCCUGGGAAUCGGCCUAUUGGGAUUCCUUCGAUGAGGAGAGGAAGAGGGAAUUGGAGCUGCCGGAGCAGUUUGAUUUCGAGUUGUUUAAUGCGAUUGCUAGGUAUUUGAGUUUAGAGGGUGAGGAUGGUGGCGGUGCUGAAACUGACCCGGAUACCGACCCGGAAGCACAGCAGGUUCAAGGAAAUAAUGCUUUCUUGGAAAUUGGUCCUAAAAGGCAACGGCGGAGGACGAAGACAAAAAGGUACAAAAUUGAGGAAAGAUUGAAUCCAUGGAGACGCAUCUUAAAUGAGAACAGGAAGUAUGAGCAAUCGAAGAUGGGUAUAAAGCAUGAAGCUAGCAUAGAUGCAGGUUUGGAAGCCCCAAGGCAUGAGAAUUCAAGUUUAGAAAUAAAGCGCGAGACAUCCAGUCCGGAGGAAAUGACUGAACUUCCAAACCUUAGCAUGGUUAAUAAGGUAAAAGCUGAGCAGUUUCAUGUAGAUAAUCCAGAAGAACUGAUGGCUGCAACUCUUAGAGAAAAUGCAGAAAUGAUCACUGCAAUAACUGAAGGAAAUACAAUGGAUGAUAGAGAUUGCAGCCUUGCGGGUUUGAACAAUUUUGAUGCUGGUCGCCUUCAUUUGAUCAGAAGUCAAGGCAACCAACUUAUCGAUUGCCUUGGAAAAAUUUCAGACACCCUUAUUCAGCUUUGUGAUGCAAUUCACAAAAAAUAACUAACCUUAAAUAGUUUAGAUUUUCAACUAUGGCAUGCUUUGUGAUGUAACGAUUAAUCAUCACAUGCUUUUACUUACAUCUUUGUCAAUGUAAUGAUGAGGUAACCAGUAUUGUCAAGGAUCACAGGAAGUUUUGAAAUGGUUAAAUUUUCUCUAUGAUACAAGAAAUGCAAGAUAUUUUCACUGGAAUGAAGUGAUGAGGAUAAUUUUAAUAAUGA